AUGAUCAAAGGCAGCUGCGCCUGUGGGCGUGUCAGGUAUGAGACCAAAACUCAACCUCUUGCCGUGACCGCCUGCCACUGCAUCACGUGCCAACGCGUGUCUGGUGGACCUUUCCUCGGUUUCGCGGGCUUCCUGGCUUCAGCGGUGGAAUGGACACAGAAACCGGACAUCUGGUUGGCGAGUGACAUCGCCGAGCGUGGCUUCUGCAAGUCCUGUGGCUCCCCGGUUUCUAUGCGGUACUUUUUGGAGGCAGACCGCAUCGGAGUGACUUUGGGGACAGUGGUUGAGGCCGAGCCCGUUCUGCCAUCUGUGGAGGCGCACAUCUUUCUAAAGGACAAAGCACAGUAUUACGUCCUGGCAGCUGACGGGGCUAAACGAUAUGAUGAGUUCUCUGGGGAGUUUCGCGACAAACUCGAACAAUGGGGACGUCGGCGGCAGAAGGGGUAG